UAGUGGCUCCAGUGACUCCAAAACUAUCCAAUGCAAUCCAAAGCACCACGGCACCAGUAUUCAGCAUGGCUGAUAUUUCGCGUCUAAUCCCAAAAUUGCGAAUUAAUAUUACACAUCGGCAUAGGAACCUUUCGAACCCGAAAGGUCCGCUGGGCCGCAUCGACAAGAUUCGGAAGACGGUCACCGCUCUACUGAAGCACGAGAGGAUCGAGCUAAACCAUGUGCGAGCGGGCGAGGCACGGGGCUACGCCGAAAGGCUGAUCGCGGACGCCAUUCGCUACGGAGACCAGCAUCGACGGACCAUGGAACUGGCCGACUUUUGGAUACACGAGAAGCAGCUGGUGCACAAGCUGUUCAAGGUGCUGGCGCCACGGCUGGAGUCGUGGGAAGGCCCCUACACGGCGCUGCACGUGCUGCCCACGCCGUUCAACGAGCGCUACAACCAGAUGGGCUCCUUCCCCCACUACCGCCACAACUGGGUGGCCCUCGAGCUCGCAGGCCACCCGUACCCCCCAAUCCCCGGGCGCACGCCGUCCAACCGCCACUCGCUGGUGAACGUGCUGCUCUCGGAGGCCAAGCGGGAGAUGAGCCAGCAGUCGCAAGAGGGCGUCUUUAUUGGUCAACCAAGCAGUCUCUAA